GAAACUCGGAUAGUUCUCCAAUAAUCAUUUCUUCGCCGGUGUCCUGCACGUGAAUCCUUAGUAAGAUGGAAGCUCCCGCCCAUCAAGUUUCUCGUCACUACAACUGCUUGUACCACAGCGGUAAGACAUAUCCGGCGUCGUAUGAAACCCCAGGCAGUAUUUCAGAAUAUGACAAGGACCAGAAAUCAGGAAAAAAGGUGUCAGCCUUUCUUGGACCCGACUUGUGGGACGAGACCUACGACAAUACUGACAUCAGCUUGGAAUACAAUGAUCUGGAAGAAUUCUUGAAAGAGAAUGGCAUCCCAAACAAUCCGGACAAUGUGAACGCUGCCAAUCUGAACAAGUUUCAGUCUCCAAACAGACAGGUUAUCAGUAGUGGUCACAACCUCCAGGCAUGUGACUCGCCACAAGACACGUUAGCCAGGAACAGCCAACAACCCAUCAACUCAGCUCCAGACACGUUACCCAGUAUGCGCCAACAAGCCAUCAACUCAGCUCAAGACACGUUUCCCAGCGGAAAUUGUAUGGCCGCUACGUAUGAAACAGGAGAGGCGGAUUCACUAGUCUCUUUAAUUUCUUGUUCAGAAUAUGACAAGGGCCAGAAAUCAGGAAAAAAGGUGUCAGCCUUUCUUGGACCCGACUUGUGGGACGAGACCUACGACAAUACUGACAUCAGCUUGGAAUACAAUGAUCUGGAAGAAUUCUUGAAAGAGAAUGGCAUCCCAAACAAUCCGGACAAUGUGAACGCUGCCAAUCUGAACAAGUUUCAGUCUCCAAACAGACAGGUUAUCAGUAGUGGUCACAACCUCCAGGCAUGUGACUCGCCACAAGACACGUUAGCCAGGAACAGCCAACAACCCAUCAACUCAGCUCCAGACACGUUACCCAGUAUGAGCCAACAAGCCAUCAACUCAGCUCAAGACACGUUUCCCAGUAAGAGCAAACAAGCCAUUAGUUCAGCUCCAGACACGUGUCCCAAUGACAGUCCACAAACCACUCCAUCGCCACAAAAUAUGUUUCCCAAUGGCAUUCCACAAACCACUCCAUCGCCACAAAAUAUGUUUCCCAAUGACAGUCGACAAACCACUCCAUCGCCACAAAAUAUGUUUCCCAAUGACAUUCCACAAGCCACUCCAUCGCCACAAAAUAUGUUUCCCAAUGACAGUCCACAAGCCACUCCACCGCCACAAAAUAUGUUUCCCAAUGACAUUCCACAAGCCACAUCAUCGCCACAAAAUACGUUUCCCAAUGACAGUCGACAAACCACUCCUUCGCCACAAAAUAUGUUUCCCAAUGACAGUCGACAAGCCACUCCAUCGCCACAAAAUGUGUUUCCCAAUGACAGUCGACAAACCACUCCAUCGCCACAAAAUAUGUUUCCCAAUGACAUUCCACAAACAACUCCAUCGCCACAAAAUACGUUUCCAAAAGACAUUCCACAAAUCACUCCAUCGCCACAAAAUAUGUUUCCCAAUGACAGUCCACAAGCCACUCCACCGCCACCAAAUAUGUUUCCCAAUGACAUUCCACAAACCACUCCAUCGCCACAAAAUAUGUUUCCCAAUGACAUUUCACAAACCACUCCAUCGCCACAAAAUAUGUUUCCCAAUGACAGCACGCAAGCCACCUCCAUGUCCCCAAUCACGUUUCCCAGGCAACUGCCACCUCACCAGUCACAGCUCGCCGUCUCGCAAUACGACACGAUGCCAUCACCACCAACAUCAGCUCUAACAGAAAGUAAGCUUGGUGAAUCCAAGGCCACUGAGUCGUCGUACACGGGUGGGCCCGAGCCUAAAGUAGACUUUGACCUUUCACCUCCUGAUUUGGCUUUGGUGAGCAUACCAGGCUUAAAAGACUUCGAUCCUCGAAAGCGAACAUUUUCAGAAGAAGAGUUGAAACCUCAGCCGAUGUUUAAGAAAUCAAGAAAGAUCUUUGUCCCUGACGACAACAAAGAUGACAGAUACUGGUGCCGGAGGAAGAAGAACAACGUCGCAGCUAAACGAUCCCGGGACGCCAGACGCAUCAAGGAGAACCAGAUAGCCAUGAGAGCUGCAUUCUUGGAGAAGGAAAACUCAGUUCUUCGCACUGAACUUGAACAAAUAAAGAGAGAAAACGCGGAUAUAUUGAUCUCAUUGACCGAGUUUGAGACAAUGGAACCAUAAUGGACACGUCUUCGAUUUUUCUAUAAGAUGUUAGUUUGUACAUAGUUGGACCUGUACGCUAAAAUGAAUUCGUCUGUGAUGAAGACAAACACCCCAUGCCGUCGGGGAGCGGUAACACGCAAUCAAGACACCGAUCAUGGUGCCCGAUCCAUUUGGUCGCCAAUUACGUUGGUUGGUUCGUUUGUUGUUUAACGCCACACUCAGCAAUAUUCCAGCUGUAUGACGGCGGUCUAUAAAUAAUCGAGUCUGGACCAGACAAUUUAGUGAUUGACAUCAUGAACAUCGAU